AAUAAAUAAUACUACAGUUAACAAUUUAAUUCGUAAAAUACGGAUAAUAAACGUGUUAUACGGUAAUACGGGUUUUAUAUGUGUUUAGUACAAGAGUCAUCAAAUGAACGGGGAAAAUGAAACGGCUUGACAAUAAUACGGAUACGAAAGUUUUAAACGGAUAAAGUACGUACAUAUACGUGUAUUAAACGGAGUAUUUACUAACUAUGCUAUGAGGUAAACUUUAGUUGAGUGUUGUCGUUUUGAGAGUUAACCGUCCUUGUUAGAGAAAAUAGGGUGAAUAACGCUGAGAGGAGCGUGAUAGAACCUCUCGUCUUUGAAGCUUCGAAGCAGCAAUGGCGGCAGCUUCGCUUGUUGCUCCAUUCCAGCCGAAGUUCAUCUUACCCCGCGCAAGAGCGCCCACCAGGCCGCAAGCUGUUCUCAACAGCAAGACCCACCUCCAGCAACGAAUGCGGGUCCCUUACGGAUUGCAGCAAGGACAGAACCGGGUUUUCCACCAGCUCCCUUCCGGACUCAACUUGGAGGUGAUUGAGCAAAAAAGGAGCUUCGGAACAGAUGAUAAUGACAGUAAUGGAGCUCAAAUCGAAAACCCACCUCUGGUAUUUGUUCACGGAAGCUACCACGCAGCCUGGUGCUGGGCUGAGCAUUGGUUGCCCUUCUUUGCAUCAUCUGGCUUCGACUGCUACGCCCUUAGCCUCCUGGGUCAGGGCGAGAGUGAUGCACCUGGUGGGUCUGUUGCCGGUACUCUGCAGACACACGCCGGUGAUGUUGCUGACUUCAUCCAGAAAAAUAUCAAGGUGCCACCAGUCAUUCUUGGGCAUUCAUUCGGUGGCCUAAUUAUUCAGUACUACCUUGCUAAUACCAGGAUUGGAAAAUCUUCAGAUACGAAGCAGUUGUAUCCUCAACUUGCUGGGGCGGUCCUCAUAUGCUCUGUGCCACCUUCUGGUAAUAGUGGGUUGGUAUGGCGGUAUCUUCUUUCCAAACCUCUUGCUGCUUUUAAGGUGACCCGCAGCUUAGCCGCUAAAGCUUUUCAAACUGAUCUUUCUCUUUGUAAGGAAACAUUUUUCUCACCAAUGAUGGAAGACAACACAGUGAAACGAUACCAAGAGCUAAUGAAGGAAAGUUCACGGAUGCCACUGUUUGAUCUGAGGAAGCUAAAUGCGUCACUCCCUGUUCCUGCACCCCCAGAAGAGUUGUCUUCUGCAAAUGUCCUUGUCUUGGGUGCUAGUGGUGAUUUCAUAGUGGACGGUCAAGGACUCGAUGAAACGGCAAGGUUCUAUGGGGUGUCACCAGCCCGCGUCGAAGGUGUUGCCCACGAUAUGAUGUUGGAUUGCGAAUGGGACGAAGGUGCCAGAAUCAUUCUGUCGUGGUUAAAUGCGCGAAACUGAAGUCACUGACUCCUGUUGAAUGGCAAUUACUUUCAAAUGGAACUUCCUUCUUCCCAGGCUGAUAGCUACUAGCUAGAGCGUUUCUGAAUUGUAUCGUAUUUGGGACGUUUUCCCCAUGAAAGGUUGCUUAUUUGGGUAAAAAAGGAAAAGCGUCCUGGAAUGAGUCAUCAGAUUAUAGUAAGCUGAUUUGCGUCAGAACUUGUAACAACCAACCAACUAGACCUUUUCUUUAACAUUGACUUCCAUCGCAGGAUUAGCUUAGGUUUACUUGCCCCGGAAGUAAUGACUGUUGAACUUUUCAUGAAAACGCAACUGCAAACCUUUGCCAUCAUUGAACCAGCGAUACAAGCUUACGCAAGGCAAUUGAACAACUCAAUUGAUUAGGCAUUUCUCCAACAAAAUGGAAGACUUGAC